AUGGCAAAGCAGACUCCUACACAGAGAGUCGAUGCCUAUAUCAAGAAGCAAGAAAGGCGGGAGGAGGCCUUGGACUUGAUCAACAAAAUCGCUGCGCUACAGAACCAAGUGCCUAAUAUCAGUACUAAGAACGAGCCAAAGAAAAAAGAGAGUGAAGAAGGGGAUUCUAAAAGCAAAAAGAAGAAAAAUAAAAAAAAGAAGAAGAAGGCUACCAAUGAAGAAAAUGUUGGUGAUGGUGGUGAUGAUGAUACUGCUGAUCUGAAGGGAAAUGAAGCCUUAAUUCCUGAAAAAAAAUCGACAUUUAUUGAUAAUAGAGGAAGUAUCAAAGGUUUUGCAAAUAUCCCGAAAGUCAACAAGAAAAAGAGAUCUUAUACUUGGAGAGAAAAGCUAGCUGAAGAAGAGCGAAAGAGAAGAAAGGUUGAAGAGGAUGAAUAUUUUGAUUCAACUGAUGAUGAAGGUUCAGAUGAAAUUGAGGAAGAUGAAGACAAUGAAGAAGCUGAAGACAAUGAAGAUUUCAAUGGUUUCAGUGAUGCUGAUAAUAAUGGCUCUGGAACAGAUGAAGGGGAAAGUGACAAUAGCGAAGGAGAUGAUGAAGAUGAUGAAGAUGAUGAAGAUGAUGAAGAAGAUGAGCUUACUGAAAGACAACGUCUCAAGACUCUUAAUGAAAAGGCUUCCAGUUUUAUGAAUUGGGUGGAACAACAAACCGAAAAGCUGGCACCAACCCCAAUAUUAAACAUUGACUAUCAACCACUCGAAAGAUCUGAAGAUAAAGAAGUUCUUAGUGAUGAAGAGCAGGUGAAAAUCUAUGAAGUAUCAAAUGAUGACGUAAAGCCAGCAUUCUACGUUAAUGUUGAAAGAGACUCGGAAAUUCAAGAAACUCGUGAAGAGUUGCCAGUGUUCAAAAAGGAACAUGACAUAAUGGAAGCCAUCAAGCAUAAUGACACGGUGAUCAUUUGUGGGGAAACUGGUUCAGGUAAAACCACCCAGUUGCCGCAAUUUUUAUUCGAGUCGGGGUUUGGUGAUGAAAGAUCAGAACAUCCAGGAAUGAUUGGGAUCACUCAACCUAGAAGAGUUGCGGCGAUGUCCAUGGCCGACAGAGUGUCCAAUGAAUUGGGGAACCACGGGCAUAAAGUUUCUUACCAAAUUCGUUUUGAUUCCAACGUCAAACCCGACACCAAAGUGAAGUUCAUGACCGAUGGGGUUUUACUUCGUGAGAUGAUGUCUGAUUUCCUUUUGACCAAAUAUAGUGCGCUUGUUAUUGACGAAGCCCAUGAAAGAAACAUCAACACUGACAUUUUGAUUGGGAUGUUGAGCCGGGUGGUCAAGCUUCGAGCUAAAAGAAAUGAAGAGAAUCCUAAGAAAUAUAAAAAAUUGAAGUUGAUUAUCAUGUCUGCCACUUUAAGGGUUUCGGAUUUUGCAGAAAAUCAGAAAUUAUUUGCGGUUCCUCCGCCGAUUCUUAAAGUUGAAGCAAGAAUGUACCCGGUGGCGGUUCAUUUCAACAAGAAAACCCCGUACGAUUAUGUGAAUGAGGCGUUCCGGAAAACUUGUAAAAUUCAUCAGAAAUUACCUAGAGGAGGGAUUUUGAUUUUCAUGACCAGUCAACAAGAAAUCAUGGAGUUGGUGAAGAAGUUAAGACAAAGAUUCCCAAUGCCAAAUAAACGUCAUAAGAAACAAUUGAAAAAUGAAGCAGAAGAAGCAGAAGAAACAGAAGAAGUAAAUGUCGAAAUAAAGGUUAGUUCCAAAGAGGUUGAGGUGGAAGAUGAAGAAAUUGAAUUCAACGUUAAUGAACAAGAUAAAGAUGAUUUUGAUGAAGGCGAUGACGAAGAUGAUGAGGAAGAAGAAGGGUUUGACGAAGAGCUUGAAGAAGGACAGACUUCCGAAGAUCCAUUAUACGUCUUGCCAUUAUACUCGUUGCUUCCAACUAAAGAACAAAUGAAAGUGUUUGAAGCUCCUCCAGGAAACGCCAGAAUUUGUAUUGUGGCAACAAACAUUGCUGAAACAUCAAUUACCAUCCCAAACACCAAGUAUGUUGUGGAUUGCGGACGGUCUAAACAGAAAGUAUUGAGCAAAACUUCGGUGCAAAGUUAUGAAGUUUCGUGGAUUAGUCAGGCGUCAGCCGAACAAAGAUCGGGUAGAGCUGGUAGAACCGGGCCUGGGCAUACUUAUAGAUUAUACUCGUCGGCGAUAUUCGAUGGGUUUGACCGAUUCUCUGUCCCGGAAAUUUUGAGAAUGCCGAUUGAAAGUGUGGUGUUACAAAUGAAGAGUAUUGGGAUCGACAAUAUUUCUAAUUUUCCAUUCCCAACGGCGAUUAAUCCACAGGCGUUGAUUAAAGCCGAGAAAUUAUUACAGUAUUUGGGAGCGCUUGAUGAAAAGAAGGUGAUCAGCCAAGUUGGCCGUCAAAUGAGUUUGUUCCCAUUGAGUCCAAGGUUCGCGAAGAUGUUGCUUACAGGUAACCAGUUUGAUUGUUUGUCAUAUAUCAUCACUAUUGUGUGUGCGUUAUCUGUUGGGGAUCCAUUCUUAUCAGAAGUUGACUUGGGAAUUGAUCACAAUUUGUUGAAUGGCAAUAAUGAAGAAGGUGAAGAUGAAGAUGAACAAUUGAAUGCCGCUGAGUAUAAUAAGAAAAUGGCGAGAAAGGAAAAAAUGAGAGAAACUUUGGAGAAGUAUAGAAAAGCCCAUGCGAAAUUUUCAGGAUUAAGCGAGACUAGUGAUGCCCUUAAAGUGUUGUGUGCGGUUUCUGCUGCGGAUUAUUUUAAAGAUUCUGCUAAGAAGGAAAAAUUCCUUAGAGAAAACUUUCUCAGAUCGAAGAUUGUUGAAGAAAUUACCAAGUUGAGAAAACAGUUGCUUUACAUUGUGAAGGUUAAUACCGUUGAAGAAAGUAUUGGGGUGAAUAUUGAUUAUUCAAAAGAGUUGAAAUUGCGACCACCAAAUAAAAACCAAAUCUUUGCCAUCAAGCAGAUCAUCACCACAGGGUUCAUUGAUCAUAUCGCCAUCCGUGCCGACGUGAUCAAUCCGGAUGUUCGUAUCACCAAGAAAUCGACGAGUGGUUCUAUUCCUUACAGUACGUUGUUUCUGGCAGUUGAUAGUUUUGACAAUGGUCAAGAAGACAUUGAUCCGCAUGUUUACAUCCACGGGAAGUCGGUGCUUAACAAUAUCGGAAGCAAGCCGCCACAAUAUUUGGUGUACCAAUCGCUUGAUCUCAAUGCCACAAGGACCAAGGUCAGAAUGCACCCGUUGACGGAUAUCGAGGGCAAGGCGUUAACGAACAUUGCUAAAGGAACCCCGUUGUUGAGCUACUCCAAGCCGUUGGGACCACCGUACGGUCCAGAAAUGGUAAGCGCCACCAAACAGAAAGCUUACGUGAUUCCUCGGUUUGGCGGGCUCGGAAGUGCUGUCAGCUGGGACCUACCUCCGGUGCGGGUGGUCCAGCACAGAGUGCGAGGCCAGUGGGUGACCAAGUAG